UUGGCAAUUUAUGUUUCCCCAUGUGGGAGACAUGAAGCUUUAAACGAGGUGUUCUCAUCAUUAAUUAUGAUUUCCCCUACAGCUAGCGGGUUCAGCGGUGGUUAACCAGCCUGCCUUUCUGCAACUCUAAAGAGUUAUGUUCAUUAAGGAAGAAAAUUUUUUUUUCACAAGGAGAGCUGCUUUUGUGAUAAAUUAUUCAAUCGUGUAGAGAGGGAGGGUCGAUCGCAGACACUGGGUAUGAUGGUUCGGAGGCAGGUUGAACUCCACCAGCGCUCUCGAGUCUAUUAAGGUCACCAAUUUAAAUCAAAACCUGUUAAAAUCAGGUAACUCCCAGUCCACUUGCUUUCCGAGUUUUCGGCGUGUUGAGAAAGAAACUCGAGGAGUUGGAGAUCUCGGUGCCGGACAUCGACUGGACAACAAGCGGGAGUGGUGUCGGACGCCGAGAGCCAACCCUGGUCGCUGCAGGAUGAAGGGACGGUCCGGACUCGGCGUUCUGGGACUGAUGUACUGCUGCAUCGCCCUGAAUCCACAGGUUAACACCGCUGAUGAAAUUACCAAGGCAGAACAAAUCAACCAACUUAUUGAAGAAAAUAUAAAGUGUGAUCAUCAAAUAUUGAAUCAAACUGAAGGAGAUGGAUCUUGUUCUCUGGAGUGGGAUGGGUUAACUUGUUGGCCAAAAGGUAUCCCAGGAAAGUUGACUGCGGUUCCCUGCCCAAGCUACAUGCAUGACUUUAAUCAUGACGGGUUUGCCUAUCGACACUGCGAUGAUGAUGGGAAGUGGAAGUUUGUGGAAAGCCGAAACCAAACAUGGGCAAAUUACACAGAGUGCAUCAUACAAACCUUCAACUGGCAAAGACAACAGGAACUUUUUGAGCGGUUGUCAGUGAUGUAUACCUUAGGAUAUGCCAUUUCACUCUGCUCACUGAUCGUAGCGAUUAUGAUCAUGGGAUACUUCAAAAGACUCCAUUGCACCAGGAAUUAUAUCCACAUGCACUUGUUUGCCUCCUUCAUGCUCAGAGCCAUCAGUGUUUUCAUCAAAGACCACGUUUUGCUUUCUUAUCUUGGAGAAACUUACGACUCUCCUUCCGUGGAUGACGUGAAAGCCAUGACGAGCUUUGCUACAACAGACAAGUCCUAUGAUGUAGGAUGCAAGAUCAUUGUUGUGUUGUUUCUCUACUUCUUGGCUACGAACUACUUCUGGAUCCUAGUGGAGGGUCUAUACUUACAUUGCCUCAUAUUGAUGGCCUUUCUGUCUGACAGAAAAUAUCUGUGGAGUUUCACCUUCAUUGGAUGGGGAGUUCCAUCAAUCUUUGUUGUGGCUUGGGCCAUUGUGAGAGCAAUAUUGGCUGAUGAAAGAUGUUGGGAACUGAAUAUGGGCAACUUUAAAUGGAUUUAUCAAGCACCAAUUGUUAUAACUAUUGUGAUAAACUUUAUUUUUUUUGUCAAUAUCAUUCGGGUUCUGGCGACCAAGCUGCGUGAGACCAAUGCUGGGCGAUAUGAUGCAAGGAAGCAGUACAGAAAAUUAGCAAAAUCCACCCUGAUUCUUGUGUUGGUCUUUGGAGUCCAUUACGCUGUGUUUGUUGGUGUACCACACACCUUCACUGGAGUAUCAUGGGAAAUCAGGAUGCACUUUGAGCUUUUCUUCAACUCAUUUCAGGGAUUCUUUGUUGCCGUCAUUUACUGUUUCUGCACGGCAGAGGUACAGACAGAAAUUAAAAAGUUAUGGACGAAGUGGAACCUCUCCUUGGAUUGGAAUGGGAAAACAAGUUGUGGUACCAACAGAUAUUCCUCAGCACUAACCAACCUGACCAAUAGCACUGCCAGCCAGGAUCAGGUGACUGGGCAUAUGUCAUUGUUAACUUCCAAAUUCCUUAAGAAUGGAGCUAAGCGUGAAAACAGUCAGUUGACCUUACCCGGGUAUGUAGGAAGCAGCUCUGACCCAGAGAGCAUGCAAGCAUCCAUUCUUGAAGAAGCCAAUGAAAAUGAAAAAAUCCAAGAAGAUAAAAUUAAAGAUUCCUCAAAGCCAGUACAGAAAGCAAACAAGGACAUGAAAAAACAGUGUAAAGCACAAGAUUAGAAUGAAAUGAACAUUUGCUCUAUCAAAAUUCUUGCGCAAGGAUCAGAGUUCUCUGUAAUAGGAUGAAAUACUCUGGCUACAGUUUUUUUUAAUCCAGCAUGACUAUUUUGUUCAUAUAGUAUUAUUCAGCUCUGAUAAAACUGUUGAUUACUGCACAUAAGUGGUUCAAAUUUCAUCUGAUUAAUAUUUUACCAUGCUGCAUCUGAUACUGGUUUAUGAUUUGUGUGAGAGCCUAAAAAUUAUUUUGCUUGUCCCAUUCAUUCCCCAAUAGGUUUUAAAAUAAAAAUACAGCUUUAAGUCUAUGCUUGUACGAAAAAUGCUGCUGAAUCCUGUUGGAAGUACAAAUAUAACUAUUGUUUCUUAAUAAAUACCUUUUUGCUCCAUUUGUUCAUAGGAAGCAAAGGACUUAAAUGACUACCUGUGUUUUGAGCUCCUGGCUGCAAGUUAUUUCAACUCCCCUUCCCAUUCCCACACCAACCUGUCUAUUCUCAGCCCCCUCCACUGUUACAGCAAGGCCAAGUGCGAACUGGAGGAACACCUCACACUCUGCUUAGGUGGUCUACAGCCCAAUGGUAUGAACAGUGAAUUUUCCAAUUUCAGGUAACCCACUCCCCUCGUGUUCCUUUCUCAUUACUACUCCCUCGGUUCACCUUUCCUAUCCCCUCUCCCACUUGCUUCCAUCUGCCUAUCAUCCCUUCCUUAUCUGCUUCCACCUGUGACCCUACCAGCCUCUGGCUCUACCUCCCAUUCACUUCUAUUUACUACUAUCUCCCCUCUGCACUCUCAGUCCUGAUGCAGGGUCUCAACCCAAAACAUUGACCAUCCAUCCCCUUGCCUCCACGGAUACUGCUUCACCCGCUGAGUUCUUCCAGCAGUUCGUUUUUUGCGCUAGAAAGCAAACAUAUUUUAAGUUGCAAACAAGGGGAGAGGCAAAAAGAAUAGGAUGAUAGGGUAGGGACCGAGAGACUCUGAAUGGCACAAGCAGUUGUGGUGCCCAAUGGGGGUGCAUGGAUUAGUGGCUUGAAUUUAGCGACUACAGGCUGCCCACAGGUUAACAGCACCUGACUUAUGGACACCCCUACAUGUGAACGAGCUCCCAUAAUAUUAUUAAAUUCAAAUGUCCGACGUAAGUACAAACGUUAAUUCCUACAAAUGACAGAACUAGUUUUCUCUCCCUCUCACCGCUUUAAUUAUUGUUUUUUGUAUCAGUCUUAUGUGCUUUUGAUGCCAUUCAUUGCAAUACUGUGGAGGUAUGGUUACUGUAUCUAGUGAUUUUUGUGUAUUUUCUGACUCAUGGACGUCUGUAAAAACGAAACCCAUUCGUUACCCGGGGACGACCUGUACCGCCAAACCAGCACUUUUACUUGAUGGGCUCUUGUACUGUAGCUGUGAUUAUGAUAAAGCCAAAGCAGUUCUUCUCCUUCUGGAGGUGGUCGACAACCUGUGUGAACAGAGUGUACAACGGUGUGCCUCCUGAAUGAAAAUCAGAGUGAAAAAUCCUCAUUGGGAUAAGGAGGGUCCAGAGCUGGAAGUGUAAGUUAGAAUAUUGAAGAGAAAGUGGAAGGAAAGAAAGAGGAUGAAAAAGCAACAAAGAAAAUGUAAUUAUUUCAAAAUUAAGUUAUCUGCAAAAACAUUAAAUGGUAUUUGAAGGAAUGAGUCUCUGCACCUUUAACUUUCCAGUGAUGGAACCCUCUACCUUGAUAAUGAUAAAUUACCUCACCCUAUUCAUGAUGUAUGGCACCACAACGGGCCACCCUCUUGACCUGACUUAAGUUCACAAUCAGUGAUAGUACUCACUGGUAACAGUUUAUUCACAUUAUCAAUAACAUCUUCCUACCUGUGACCAUAUCCUCUCCCCUGAUCCUCGAAUCAAAUGCUCAGCAGCAUAUUCCACCCGUAAAACAUAACUGGCAUUGAUCUCAGUCACACAGUGCAUAAACAAGCCCUGCCAGCCAAAAAAAGUACCCAUAUAUACUAAUCCCAUUUACCAGCACUUGGUCCAUAGCCUGCUAUGCCUUGACAAUUCAAGUGCUCAUCCAGGUACUUCUUAAAUAUUGUGAGAGUACCUGCCUCCACUUCCCAUUCAGGCAGUGUUCCAGAUUGCAAUCACACUCUGGAUGGACAUAAAAUCCUUAGAUCCCCUCUAAAUCUCUUGAUACAUUUUAAACACCAGCUUUGCUUCUGCUUUCAAUUCUGCUGUCCCCACCAAACCCCUCUGAAUCUCUCCUCCCUAUCAUCCCACUUGGCACAUCUCAUUCUUUGUCAAUUUAAACCUUGCACCAGCUCACUAGUGCCACAGUUGUGAAAAUAUUCAAAUCAAAAGGAUGUUAUUGAAACAAAAAAGAUUUGUGUAAAAAACAAAAGUACAAAAUUGUUCUUUUCAAAUCUAAGUCAACACUUUUAAAAAUACUGCCACAAAGCUGCCUACCACAACAGAAUUGAAAGCAGAACACAAGUAGUGAAGGGAAAGAAUUUGGAGCACAUGGUCCUACUGGAUGUAAGUCCUUGAUUUAGGAAGCAUACUUAAUGUUGUAAAGUAGGAAAUUUCUGCUUUUAAAAAAUGUCAUUGUUUAUAGUGCAAUUGUGUAAAAACUAUAGGUGGUGUGGUUUUGUAAUUUGUUCCUUCGUUAUACAACUCACGUGUACUCUUUGAGAAAAGAAGCACUGAAAUUAAAGUCUGUGACAA